UAUCAGCUGUUCCAGUAAAUAAGGAACUGCAUUUAGGAAUGGAUGUGGAUGAAAAUAUUAUAGAUAAUGGAAGAAAUAGUGUCGAAAGUCUUGACGAAGAAACUAGUACAAAUGAAGAUUCAAGUCAAAUAUCAGAAAGAAAUGAUAAUUGGUAUUACAUGCCAGAUUCCAUACUUCUCACUAUUUUUCAAUACUUAACACCAAGAGAAUUGGUAACAGCAGGAGAAGUAUGUAGAACAUGGAACAAAGUAUACCGAGAUGAAUUUCUUUGGAGAGACUUAUUUUAUCAGACCUAUAAAAUAGAUUCUGAUAUUGGUAUAAUGCCAGGAAAGACUUCCUGGUUUGAAGAAUUUAAGCGCUUAACAUAUCAUACUCCCUUAAUAGAAACCGAAAUACUCAAUAAUCAUUCGCAUCAAGUACUGCAUGUUAGUUUUUCGCACAAUGGCAAAAUGUUUGCAACAUGCUCAAAAGAUGGAUUUAUUAUUGUAUGGAAAAGUAAACAUCCAGUUAAUAUUAUAUAUCUUAAUGAUAUGAAAACAUUUAGCUGGAAAUAUACUCAAUUUUCGCAGUUUAAUUCUAAUGAUACUUUGCUCCUUGUCUCUGGUGUACAUUUUGGUACACCACAUAGUACAUCAGGAGAAAUAGCUGUCUUCAAAGUAGCACCUGGCUUUCAACUUCAAUGCAGAGUAGCGAAUAAGCCAUAUGACAUAUUUGGUACUUGGUAUAGUGAACAUUACCUUUUAAGUGGAAAUUUGCAUUGGCUUGCACACCUGGUUAGUACAAGUGUACUCUGGCUAAAUAAGGCUAAUCAAGAAUCAGCAAGUGAAUAUGUGCCCAUCAUGACACAGUUGUUUAGGUUUUAUAAUGGAAAUGCUUCUUCAAUAAGAGCAAUUAUGGUUGCUAAUUGUUAUGCUCCUGAAAACUCAGAAGAUCAACCCUUAUCGUCAAAUAACAAAGAAGAUAAUGCUCAAAAUCAUGUAGCAACAUCUUCAACUAAUGAUUCGCCACAGGAAGAACCAGUUGUACUUCAUCACGCCUCAUCUAGAUUACAGUACAGUAUGAUAGAAGGAUGCUUUAUGAAUUGGAUAAAGCUUGGUGAUGGAUUUGAAUAUGCCAGUCCUAUACAAUAUAAUAAAGAAUAUAGACAAGUUCAAAAAGAAAAAACAGUACACGAAACUGAUAGUGAAAGUGAUAGUGAAAAUGAAAAUGAAAAUGAGAAUGAAAAUAAAAAUGAAAAUGAAAAUGAAAAUGAAAAUGAAAAUGAAAAUGAAAAUGAAAGAGAAAAUGAGAAAGAAAAUGAAAGAGGAAAUGAAAGAGGAAAUGAAAGUGAAAAUGAAAAUGAAAAUCAACAUACAUCAUCAACUGAAGAGAGUGAAUCAGAAUUAUCUAUGACAGAAGAAAGUGAUUCUGAUGAAUUAUCUAAUAAUCCAGAGAAAUUUUUAAUAUUUACAACUGGAUCAAAAACAUACACGCCUCAUCAAGUUGGUUUUAAGAGGAUCAAAUUAGUUAGUUUUCCAAAAAGAUUAGAUCCAGGACCAUCACUUCGUGAGAGAAUAGCGCAACGAGAAAGGGAACGAAAAAGACAAAACUCUGGACAAAACUUGAUCACUAACUGGUUAGAUUAUGAAGCGGUGGCUGAUAGAUUUGACAAAGUAGAUCAUUUGAUCGAUUUACAUGGUCAUAUAAUAGGAAUGGGUCUUUCUCCAGAUCACAGAUAUUUAUAUGUCAAUACAAGGCCUUGGCCAAGAGGAUAUGUUAUUACUAAUCCGUUACAACCUCCACCUAUAGCUCAAGAAAUAGAUAUUCACGUAAUUGAUCUAGUAACAUUGAAACAAGUUGGAACAAUGUUAAGAGCACAUAAGGCAUAUACUCCAAAUAAUGAAUGUUUCUUUAUAUUUUUGGAUGUAUGCAACGAAUAUGUGGCAAGUGGUGCUGAAGAUAAACAUGGUUAUCUUUGGGAUAGACAUUAUGGAGUUUGUUUAACCAAAUUUCCUCAUUGUGACGUUGUCAAUUCUGUAGCCUUUAAUCCAAAAGAUCCCGAAAUGUUAGUUACAACUAGCGAUGAUUAUACAGUCAAGAUAUGGCGCAGUCGAGCCAUGGUCAAAUCCUUAGGUUUAAAUGAACAUUCUCUCAAUCGAGGAAUGGAAGUAAGAAAGAAGAGCAGUUAUCAUAAACCCGGUUGUAAUGUUGACUGACUAAAAACUAUUAAAUUUCCUAUUUAAAAGCUUAUGAUUGAAGAAUCAUCUCUCAGCCUGUUAUACUGGGUUAUAACACUUGUCUGUGGAAUUAAUUUUAACAUAAACAUGACGAAGCACAUUUAUGCAUAAUUUGAAUGCAAAUGAGAGAUUAUAUACAUAUACAUAUAUAUGUAUGCGUGUGUAUAAUUUUGAGUAUGAUACAACUGUAUAAUUAUACAAAAUUAACACUUUUACUAAAUGUUUAAUAUUCCUGUUAAUAUCUCCUUUUAAAUUACAUUAUGUUUUUACUGACAAUCUAUUUGUUGUUACAUAAUGACUAAAUGAACCAACAUGAUUAAAUGUUAUUUUAUUUGCUCAAUUAGAAUAUAAAUAAAUGUAUUGGCACAUCCGUGUCUUCUCAAAGUAUAUUCAAAUUUCUAUAUAGAGAAUGAUGUAUAAAUAACUAUGGUGAACUAUUAUGAAAGUUUCUUGAAGUACAACAUCGUCGAAUUUAUCAGUGAAAUAUACGUUUUCUCUAUCGGAUAAAGAUUUUUAUCAUUACUUGGACAAUAUUUAUAAACUUUCUAAUAAUCAAUUCAAAUAUUAGCUACUGCGUUGUAUUGUACGAUAUAUACUCACUCAUAUAAAAAUAUUUUAAUUCUUUAAAGUUAUAUAAAAUAACAAAUGUGUGUUAAA